AUGAACAUCAACGACUUCCCGUACGAAAUCCUUUCCCAGAUCCUCCACGAGGUUACCAAGGCCAAUGUCCGCGAAGGUCCAACAUACACCUUUGGACUCCAGCAAGCGCCCCUGCCACUAGAGAGGGCCAAGCUCCAGCGCUAUGUAAGGGGCCCCGUUCCCCCAGAGCUUCUCAAGUGGGAUGCCACGGCCACACUCCGUUCCGUUUGCUGGAGGUGGCACGAGUGGGCUUUGGAGCACUCGAUCAAGGAUGUCUACAUUCGCCGCUGGAAGGGUGGAGAGCGAUGGGCUGAACUCUCCAAUAGGCGAGAAAGCUACCCGCUUUACGAGCUCAUUGACCGUCCAACUGGUACGGCUGUGUACCGUGACCCAUUCGCCUCCCUCAAGCGGACAGUCAAGAUUUGCAACGACUACCCCCAAGUCGCUUCCAAGAUCAAGCGCAUGUGGGUCCAUGGCUUCUAUACCGCCGAGACCGACCGCAUGAUUUUCGAUUGCUUGAGGAACUGCGUUAACCUUACUUCGCUUUCCAUUCCGUGGACUACCAUUAGGCACGUGGAUGCCAAGGCCUGGCGAGCCAUGUUGACGGGUAGCGGCAAGUCACUCCAGUCUCUAGAGCUGCAGUGUGUCGAUCCCACAUCGCAGCAAGCAGCCGACAAGGACAACCUCGUCGAUCUAGAGCCCCUCCAGUCGGUCAACUUUGGCCAACUGCGCCGCUUGAAGAUUUUCGGCGACACAUCCUUCAUGCCCAUCACCGACAAUGACCUGUUCGCUAUUGCUCGCACUGCCACUCAGCUCGAGGAGUUCCAUCUGACCUGCAACUCAUCAAUCACCAUUGAUGGUGUCAUGGCGAUUGUCAAGGCUUCUCGCCAGACACUCCGCGUUCUGGAGCACAGCCCGCGGUCCCAGGAUGGCUUCUGGCACCCGCAUCCUGGUUCCCCAAGCGACAGUGAGCAUCUCUGCGAUACCUUCCGCAACUGCCCAAAGCUGGAGACACUGUCCAUCUCCCUCCCAUCUGUGUGCUCCCACCUCUUCUCCAACGAGGACGCCAAGUUUGCGGGUGAUUUGCAAGUUCGUGCCCUGCAUUUGUGCGAGCAUGAGCACGGCCGCUCUACCCACGAGGCUACCGACGCCCUGCAGAAGCUACUGGAGCAAGCGCGCCGCUUCAUCCGGCUCCGCGCUGAGAGCGCCAUUCCUCGCGAGCUUUACAUUGAGCUCUUCUUCGCAGACUGCAUCUUCGAGCCCGGCUUCCAGGCGGUGCACGGCGACUUUUCCUUGGCCCAGAUUUCGUCCGAGGGAUACUGGCCGCAGAACGUCGAGUUCAGCGGAAAGGGACCCUAUGGAAGCACCGGCCUGUACGGAAAAGAGGAAGAGGCGCAGUUCCAGCGCAUCCACGAGGCCGAGUUCCUGGCUGGUGUCCACAGGAGGCUUCAUUCCAUUCAGACUUGA